AUGCCCCCUCUCCUCCUCCUCGUCUUCCUCCUCCUGCGUGCUGAGGUUUGGGGCUUCGAGGCUCCAGAGGAUAAACAGGAUGUGUUUGCUAGAAAAGCCUGUCCAGCCUUCCUGACCUUAGUGAACGCUGCCUACCUGUCUGGAGUCACGGUGGAGCUGCCCUGUCACUGCAAACCUGCUCAGGUCCAAUCAGUGGUCUGGUUCUUCAGGAAACAUCUCGGCGGCUCAGAGGAGGCCACCGUCCUGACCGAUCACCAUGGCAACAAGCUGCUGGACCCAAGUGGAGUCCCUCACAGCGGCGACCUGCAGAGUCGAUUUUCUAUCCGCCUCUUCAGCCUGCUGAUCUUCAGGGCAGGAAAACACGACUCGGGCGUCUACAUCUGUGGCUCCGCCCACAAAGACAUCUUCUAUGGCUACGACCUGGACAUCCAGGAGGCAGGGACUAUCAGCUUCACCGCCAGGCUAUCUCCAAAAAACCUCGACGAGAGAGCGAAAGGGAGGGGAACGCGUGGCUCUGCACAGCCUCUGUACAGAACCUUCUCCAGCUUCAGACCCUGGUCUGUCUGCGAUCGCUGUGGACUACAGGGAGAACAGGUCCGUGUGGGGCUGUGCUACGUCCAGUCAAAGUUCCUGCAUGUUCGCUACAGACGAGCCAAUCAGACCGUGGCGUCGUGUGGCUCAGGCGCCGUGCCCCAGGCUUUUGGAAAGGUGAAAAACAAAAGAGAUGGGGCUAGGCUGGAGGUCAGAAGUUGUCAGGUGACCUGUCCAAAUCCAGCUUCUCCCCCUUCAAAGAUCCAGUCUCUGAUGGCCUUCCUUGGUUUUGGAUCCCCUCCAGCAGAGAUACAGCUCUACUACCUGAACCAUCCUGCAGACCGGGUCCUGAUCCUGGGCUGUCCUGGGGCGAGGCCUACUAUGGCUGUGGCCUGGGACCGAGACUCUGAACCCAUCUACAGGUUCAAACCUUCACCUGGAGGUAACGGCAGCACGGACCCCCGGAUAACGAUCGACACCGGACACCACCUGCUGUUUACACCUGCAAAAACCCAAGACUCAGGGGUCUACCACUGCUGGCUGCAGGGGCGUCGCUCUGCUGAGAUCCAUCUCCUAGUCUACGUACAUUUGGGGCGGAGACAGUCGGUGACAUCACAUCCUGACUUCCCCGCAGCCCUGAGGACGGUGUUAGGAUCAUACGCCGCCAUGACUGCUGCGUUUGGAUCCCUGCUGGUCUGCAGAGCUGCAGUCAGACUCCUCAGAGACCAAGCAGGAGCUCAUUACGAUUAAAGCUGGAGAGAAACAUGAAGGCCAGGGACUUUCCUGGGUCUUAUCAGUGCUGGUACAGUUUAUAAAUGCAGGGUUUAGAGCAGGCUAUCUCUGAGAACAUUCAUCUUCUGAUGCACAUCCUUCAGUGGCGUGCUCCUCAGACGUCCCUGAUGCUUCUGAAUCAUUUAUCUCAGGCCUCGGUGUUAUCUGCCUUUCCUGCAGGUGUGUAAUGAGCUUCUUCCCCUGAUUUGUGUGAGCUCUGCUGCUGUUUGGUCCCUUGUGUUUGUUCCUCAGUAAAGACCUGAGAAU